GCGGGGCGCGGGGCCUCUCCCACUUCCAACGGGACUUCCGCCAGGCGUAAAGCUCGGCGCCAACUGCUGCAAAACGCCUUACGACAGAGCUCGGGCCGCGCUACGGCCGGCAACCGCCCCGGCCCCCGCGUUCAACACUGGGCUGUCUGGAAGCCCAGCGAGGCGGCCGCUUGCGAGUUUGCCUUCCACCUUCGGCCUCCGUUUCCCCGGGGGCGGCCAGGAGCCGCCGCAGCCGGCGGGAAGGGCCCGCGCCGGCGCCUCCCGGCCGCCAUCAUCCCGGCGUGCACCGCGGCGGCAGGCGAGCCGUCCGCCAUGUUGCGAUAGUUUGUUGUUUUCUUCCUGCGGAGGAGCAGGCCGGAGGGCCCCCACCCGCUGGCCGCGCCGCCUCCGGCACCCAGGCCCGGCCGGCCGCCCCCGUCCCCCGUCCUCCCCGCCCCCCGCCGCGCGUCCCCGGGCCCCGGCUGGCCCGGCGGCACCCCCCAGCUGGCUUGGUGGGGCGAGGCUGAAGGCCGGGCCCAGCGAGCACCAUGGCGGCCGCCCUGGGAGCGGGCGGAGCAGCGGGCGCCGGAGAUGAUGACUUUGACCAGUUUGAUAAGCCGGGUGCGGAGCGGUCCUGGAGGAGAAGAGCUGCGGACGAGGACUGGGACAGUGAACUUGAUGAUGACUUACUUGGAGAAGAUUUGCUCUCUGGCAAAAAGAAUCAAUCGGAUUUGUCAGAUGAAGAGCUAAAUGAUGAUCUCCUACAGAGCGAUAAUGAAGACGAAGAAAAUUUCUGUACUCAGGAUGUCACGAUCAGUCUGACUGCCACGUCAGACAUGGUCACAUCAUUUGAGAUGUCUGACACUAACGACCAGUCUGCAGAACAGGAAUCCGAGUAUGAGCAAGGAGAGGACGAACUCGUUUAUCACAAAUCGGAUGGGUCUGAACUGUAUGCUCAUGAGUACCCAGAAGAAGGGCAGUAUGAAGGCCAUGACGCUGAGCUCACAGAAGACCAUAUUGAGUACGUGGAGGAGCCCGAGGAGGAGCAGCUGUACAAUGAUGAGGUCCUGGACAUCGAGAUCAAUGAGCCUUUAGAUGAAUUCACAGAUGAAGAGUACUUGCGGGCUUGUGGGCAACAAGGGAUGAAAGAGCAGGAAGACUGUGUUGCUGAAGAGGAAUUAGAUGAGAUUACUGAUUCCCAGGUUGAUCCUGAAACCGAAGAGGGAGGCAUGGAGACUUUGGAGCUGCAGAAGGACAUCAAAGAAGAGUCAGAUGAGGAAGAUGAUGAUGAUGAAGAAUCUGGACGAUUACGUUUCAAAACUGAAAGGAAAGAAGGAACGAUUAUUAGGCUCUCAGAUGUAACUAGAGAGAGAAGGAACAUUCCAGAAACUUUGGAGCUUUCAGCAGAAGCCAAAGCCGCGUUGCUUGAAUUUGAAGAGAGGGAGCGACAGCACAAGCAGGGCCGCUACGGCUCCAGGCGGGGAGGAAGGAGAGGAGGUGCGUCCCUGUGCCGUGGCGUUGGAGACCAGAGGAGAGAGAGCAGCGAGCGGGGGCGCGCCAAGGACCACAGGCCCGCUCUGCUGCCCACGCAGCCCCCUGUGGUGACGUACUCUCCAAGAUUAAUUCCUCCUCCACAGCCUCAGCCACCGCCUCCGCCACCACCGCCGCCGCCUCCGCAACAGCCGAUCCGCAGUCUGUUCCAGCAGCAGCAGCUCCAGCCCCUGCUGCCCCUGCAGCACCCGCACCACCCGUCCCCUCCGCAGGGGAUGCACAUGCCGCCCCAGAUCGAGGCCCCCCGGGUGAUGAUGACCCCUCCUCCCGUGACCCCACAGCAGCCCAAGAACAUACACAUCAACCCCCACUUCAAAGGGGCCGUGGUGACGCCCGUUCAAGUGCCCUUGCUGCCAGUCCCGAGCCAGCCGAGACCUGCGGUGGGACCCCAGAGAUUCCCAGGCCCUCCAGAGUUCCCGCAGCACACGCCUGGCCCCGUCCCCAACAGCUUCAGCCAGCCCCCUCGGCUUCCUCUUCAGGACCAGUGGAGGGCCCCGCCCCCGCCCCAGGAGCGAGACCCUUUCUUCUUGGGAGUUUCAGGUGAGCCGAGGUUCCCGAGCCAUCUCUUCCUGGAGCAGCGAAGUCCCCCCCCACCGCCACCUCCUCCCACGCUCCUCAGCAGUGGUCACCCUGUGCCCACGCCCAGCCCCUUGCCGUUCACCCAGCCCGGUCCAGCGUUCAGUCAGCAGGGACAGCAGCCUGUGUUCCCCAGAGAGAGGCCCGUGAGGCCAGCCCUCCAGCCGCCGGGGCCUGUGGGGCUCCUGCACUUCAGCCAGCCAGGGUCUGCGGCCACGAGGCCCUUCAUCCCUCCUCGCCAGCCCUUCCUGCCGGGCCCGGGACAGCCCUUCCUGCCCACCCACACGCAGCCCAGUCUGCAGGGGCCGCUGCACCCCCCGCUGCCCCCGCCGCACCAGCCGCAGCCGCAGCCGCAGCCGCAGCCCCCGCUCCAGCCGCCGCUGCAGCCCCCGCUGCAGCCGCCCCCGCCGCACCAGCCUCCGCACCAGCCGCAGCAGCACCACCACCACCUCUCCGUGCCGCCCCCUCCGCUGAUGCCUGUGGCUCAGCCCCAGUUCAGGCCUCACAUGCCGGCGGCCCAGCCUCAGCCCAGCAGCAGCCGGAUGCAGUGCCCCCAGCGCCCGGGGCUGCGGCACAACACUACUUCUCAGAAUGUGACCAAGCGACCAAUGCAGCAAAUGCAGCCAACUGCUCCGAGAAACAGUAAUUUGCGUGAAUUACCGAUCGCGCCGUCUCACGUUAUAGAGAUGAGUACCAGUCGCUGCUCCUCCACACCUGCGGCUCAAGUGAAACCCAUCAUGAGCACGUCUCCCCCCUCGAGGUCCGGGGUGGGGCCCAGGAACGCACAGGGGAAGGCUGAAGGCAGAGUCAAGCCGCUUAGCCCUGUGGGUCAGCCUAAAGAGGAAGCAAAGACCGAACCAGAGUUUCCUGAUGAAGAUGAAGAAACGAGGUUGUACCGCCUGAAGAUAGAGGAGCAGAAGCGCCUGCGAGAAGAGAUCCUGAAGCAGAAGGAGCUGCGGCGGCAGCAGCAGGCGGGCGCCCGGAAGAAGGAGCUGCUCGAGAGGCUGGCCCAGCAGCAGCAGCAGCUCUGCGCCCCGCCCGCCCCCGCCGUGCCCGGCGAGCCGACGCCCACCCUGCCGCCCGCCAACGGUAACCCGCUGCUCCCCUUCCCGGGGCCUCCGGUCAGACCCAAUGUGAAAAACAGACUCCUCGUCAAAAACCAGGACGUGGCCGUUGCAAACGUUCCACCAAAAACAUCGGCUUUUGUGCCGUCUGGUGCUCACACACAGUAUCCAGGACAGCAGAUGAAACCACUGAGACACCUGAGACAGGCCAGAACCGUACCUCAGAGUCCAGCUCAGCACAAAGCCCUGCAGGCAAAGCCUGCCGAUGCGGAGGGGCCGCCGCCGCCUUCCCAGGCCGCUCGAGCCGCAUCCCUCCAAGGCCGGCCCCCGGAGGCCAAGCCCGGCGCCAAGAGGACUGUCAUGCACCGGGCCAACAGUGGCGGUGGAGACGGGCCACACGUCAGCUCCAAGGUCAGGGUGAUUAAGUUGUCAGGCGGGCAGGGAGGAGAGAGCGACGGCUUUUUUCACCCAGAGGGCCAGCCUCAGCGGAUCCCUCAGCCCCCAGAGGUGAGGCAGCAGCCCGCCCGCAAGGUGACGCUGACCAAGGGGGCCCUCCAGCAGCCCCAGCACCCUGCAGUGGGGGCCCACAUGCACGCGGCCGGCCCGCCAGGCAUCAAGAGCAUCCAGGGGAUCCACCCGGCCAAGAAGGUGCUCGUGCAUGGGAGAGGCCGGGGCCUGGCGGGAGCCAUGGGCCGGGGCCGCCUGAUGCCCAACAAGCAGAACCUGCGGGUGGUGGAGUGCAAGCCUCAGCCCUGCGUCGUGUCUGUGGAGGGGCUCUCCUCGUCCACCACCGAUGCCCAGCUGAAGAGCCUGCUGACGUCGGUGGGGCCCAUCCAGGUGGGCCACCCUGCACGUUCGAGCUUGCAGAUGCUCCCCCAGCAGCGGAAAGCCAUAGCCAAGUUCAAGGAGCCAGCGCACGCGUUGGCAUUCCAGCAGAAGUUCCACAGGCACAUGAUAGACCUGUCCCACAUCAACGUGGCCCUGAUUGUUGAGUGACCUCCGCGGAUGGGCUGACAUGGGACGCCGCACACACACUGUGGAACUCCGCCGGAGCUGCGCGCAGAGGCCCCACGAGCCGAGUCUCUCCAUCCACAGCCCUGCCAGGCCGUUGUCCGAGACGCCCGACGGCCCGGGGGCGAUUCCAGAAGAGCUGGACUUGAGGGAUGUGGCAGACUCGCGUCGCCGUUAGAGCGCUCACGUUCUGUUGCCGCCACAGAGAACUGCAGUUUCGUUUUCUUUUGUUUUCCAAGUGCUUACAAUGCAUGUAGACGUUGUUGUUUGUGAUCUUACUGUAUGACCGAUUCCAGUGACUUAGUCAGGAGAGACCAUCACCGUCACAGAUUCUCAGUAUUUUUCACAGCAAAGAAUAUUUGAUAAUGGUUGCACUUAUCUUCAGUGCAGGCUAGACGAGUGUCUUCUCACCCAGCUUCACUCGCGUUCCUUUCUCAGAAGGCCCUCCAGGGCAUUUGUGAAAACGUAGAGGCAAAUUCGGGUGGCGAUACCCUGGGAAGCGGGUGUGCGGGCGGCUGGAGUGGUGCCAAUUGUGCAGCAGAUUCUGUUCUUGUAAAUAUUCCCAGAGCGUCAGCCCAGUUCCAGAGGGAACACCCCUUUCUACGCUCUGCCCAAACACUACGGAGAAGCUGGUGGGCACUGGCGUGAGCCCCCGGGCUAAGCGCAGGUUUUGGGGCCCCGCUAGGUGAGGGUAGGCCAGCUGGAAGCUUGAAAGGACCUGUUUGGUUUUUUCCUCUUUUUAGACACAGCCCCAAGAGGCAUAGUCAUGCCACCGGCUCUGUGAUACGUACGUGACUGUUGGGAAGCCUGGUUAUUGCUGCUGUGACGAGCGUUUUCUUUUCUGAAGGCCCUUUGAGCAGGGGCCUUUGAGGGGCUGCGCUGUCCUUCAGCGGAGCCUGGAGCAGAGGGCUGCUUGCACGGGCGUGUGGGCGGGCGGCUCCGGGACUCGGGGUAGCUUCAUGCAGGUGAGAUGCUCGCUCCCCGUAAAGUCAUCUUCGGUAAAAUCCGUUCUGGGCAAACGAUUACAGAAGUGCCUUACUGUAUUUGUGCUCAUGAAGGAGUCUCACUGUUUGGGUUUUUUCUAACAUGGGGCUGAACUACUGGGGCAGAUGAUAACUGGGGCGUACUCAGACUUUUUAGCUGAAUUUUAUACGUAAGAUUUCCUGUCACGUUUAUUAGUAGAAUUAAGGGAAACAGACGCCUGUGCUGGUUAGCGCAGCGAGGACCCUCAGCAGGGCACCCCUUUCUCAGCUUUCUCGUGGGGAGCUGAAACACAGGUCAUGUGAUCUUGUAUCUUCUUGUUUUCACAGUUGAAAUUUUAUGUUUUUCAAAUUAAGUCAGCAGAACUGCAGGGGAGUGUUGAGACCUGCGAGCCUCUGUAGCGCUGACCCCGCAGGGCGCCACGCGCCAGGAGGGAGCCUGCAACGUGAAGGUGGGUGCUCACGGCCGCUGCUCAGAGGCUGCAGUUCCAGGAAGCGGUAGGCACUGGUAGAACACCCUCGAUUACCUCUUGCUGGGGGCGCCUGGCGCGUGCCCCCACCCCCCCCUCCCCGCCCGUCUUCACGAGUAGAUGCAGGUGUGUUCACAUGAGCAUGGCUCGUGUGGCUCAGUCCACAGAGAGCUGGGUUGAAGCGGCAAGUGGGGUACUGCAGGCGCCAUGCAGGGGGCUCCAGGCCACCUCCCCCCCAGGCGGCAGGGGGCUCACAGUUAAGGGACUUGUUCAGGGCUUGAUGACGCAGUGAAAUGAGCCUGCCGAUUUUACCGCUUUUUGAAAUAGUCUGAGUGUGCUAUGACUUUGAAGCUAAAAAGCUGCCCGUUGUCUCCAUAGCGUAGCUAGGCACCCUUUUUUCUAGUUAGUGAUAAUAAACGAAUCCUAUUUGGGCACCUUGUUCACGGCUACCCUAAGGGCUGCUUUUGUGCUGUCUGAGCCCGAUGUGGUGCCCGGGACACGUGUGCGUCUGUAACUGUCUGCACACACCCGGAACAUGCUUUCUCUGGAUAGAACAUUCUUGAACGGCCAUCGGCCAAGUCGGCCAGGCCUUCCGUCAGGACCUGGUUAGAGGGGCUCCCUGUGGUCGCCUCCUGACACUCUGGGCCCGUGGGCACGGGCUGUCAGUGCCGGCCAGGCCUGGGGACGCAGCCUCGGUUUCCUUGAGGAAACUGAGAAGGGAAGGAAGCAGAAUUAGAAAGGAGCGCUAUUCCUGCCUUGCGCAGUGCAGUGCAACCAGACCACCGCACGCUGAACCCUCUGGGAAGAUCUGUUGCAACCAUUAUCUUUGUUCUUUAUUUAUCAUGCAUUUAAAGUGAGAUGCAGAAGCAGUUAACACACUAUGUAAAUAUGGACCUUUUAAAAUUAAAUCGUUAUGGGAAAUGCUUUCAAUUCAGCAGCAUCGUAGCUAUUUGUUAGUUCUUUUGUGUUGUCUUAUCAAAGUUUAAUGGAUACAGUUCCAUAAUGUUGAUGUGUUUGUGUGUAUAUUCGAUUUUUAUAAAGAUGGUAGUAAGUCAAUACAUUUAUCCUGAUCUGUGUAUUAUUUGUUCACAAAUUCAAGAGGCCAGUAAAUAUCAUUAUAUCUCAUAAGGUAAAGACUUUAGCGAUUAUGUGGAGCUCAGGUACCCUUUCUUUUCGUAUUAUCUUGUUUUGAUUUUAAUGCUGUAAUAUAAGUUCACUUAGCUACUUACUGAGCUAACCUUGCAUUUCCGUUGGUCUGGCCACAUCUGUUAAGUCUUACAUGAUAUCCUUCUAAGGGAGAAAUACCAGCUUUUUUUUCCGAAAGCAAUGUUGAGGGUUCCGCCCUUUCUGGCGGGGCAGCACCCUCAGCAGGGCCUGUGCCCUCUCUGCACCGGGGGUGGGGGGUGGGGCGGGGAGGGGGGCAGGGGACUUCAUCGUAACUGUUUCUGACUGGGGUCUUCUCAUGAUUUGUAAAAGGUCCUGGAUGAACAAUUGUUUGUGCUUAGUUCUGUAGAAUUUCUGAAUUGUGACAGAGCUUUAGAUCCUGCACUCGGGGAUCUUUUUUUUUUUUGUUUAAGGGCGUUUUGCUAAAUGAUGCAAGCAGGCUUUGUUGCUGGAGGGAGGCUGGGAGAGGUGACUAGGGUGAAGAAGGACAGGAUGGAGCGCAGGGAGUUAGAGCAUGCAGGGUUGGCCAGGAGCCUGGUCCUGACGCCCGGCGCUGAGGAGGAGUCAGCUGGGGCGGGCGGGCGGGUAGUGGUCACAGCGACGGCCACGCCAGGGCCACGCGCUUUGCAUGCAGUGGACCGCCGAGCUGGUGGACGAGAGGAGGCCCUGCUGGCUGAUCUGGAUGGUAGAUGAGACUUAGGGCCAGGUUGUUCUGAGAACCUGUCACUUCCUUCCUUUUUUUUUUUUUUUUUUGAAUCUUUUGUAGUUUUUGUUGUUUGUUUUUUGCUUUUUAUUUUUUAAUUUCUCUGUUGUUUAAUUGAAGGUAAGCUCAGUGUGCUUAUGGACCAUUGACUGCCAGGGACCCUGAUAAGGACAGUCAGGUUUUGGUUGAGGUCUCUGUGCAGAGCGCCUAGAGCCACGCAUGGGGUGUGGAGCCCCCGAGCCCCCUAGCUUCUGGCCCCCAGUCCCUGGAGUGGCAGCGUGCCCCCCGGCUGCACCCCACCGGGAGCCCUGCUUCUGCAGACCACACCCCCGCCUGGACCCCGUCCCGGCCCCCCACCGCAGCCCAGCUCCUUUGUCUCUGAGUGGGUGGGGUGCUUGAAAGGCAUGGUUGACUUUUUUACAGGUUUUUCUAAGUGACGGUAUUCUGAAAGGGGAUUAACUAACCGAAGGGGUGGAUGAUACAAAAUGGGACCAGGAGACACCCCUGUCCCCUUGGAGGAAGCCAUAGGAAUUACAUCCGUUACAGGGAGAAUGUAGAUGUUCUCCUGUACUUAAUGAGCAUUUAAAUUAGCCUUUUCACCUCUUUUUAAAUCAUGUGAAUGAUGUGUUGUUUUGGACAUCAGUAAAUAUGAACUCUGCAAAGGCAGUGAGCCUUGACUUACUAUUAAAUCCUAAGGAUUUUGUGUAAGGUUUUUUUGCAACCUGUUUAAUUUUCCUCAUUUAAAGGGCCCAUGGUUCUGUGUCCUGGAACCGAGCAACCCUCUGAUUCACAUUGGAUCCCGGGUAUACCUGCUGGCAGUGUUUGGUGGGGAAGGGUCUUUGGUUUUACACGUGUGAAAAACCUGCUCUUUUUAGAAAAUGUGCAAAAAAUCUUACCUCUCUUUUCUGUGCUGUAUUUUGGGAGGAAGUCUUUUCAUUAAGAUGAGGAGGCAGUACAGGUAUUUUUAGUGAGAAGUUGCUUCUUGCUUUCACUUCUAACUAAAAUGUAAAAAGGCCUUCAUGUUGGUGCUUUAUUUUACUAAUUUUGAAAGGUAUGUAGAAAAAUACAGGCCUUUAAAAAAAAACAUGAUUGUAGUCUUUGAAUUUUAAUACUUUUCCACAGAAUGGACAAACAGAUGUACUGUUUUAAUAUAUUCUGUAUUUAGUAAUUUAAUAUACUCUAGAAAGUAGACCUCUUGACAUUCUUCUAGCAUGAUUUUCUUUUAAACUGUUUUUCAUUUUAAGGGCACGUAAUGGAACCUGAUUUUUAAAGGACUGUUUAAGUUCUGUGCUCUCUGCAGUAUUGUCUCAGGAUAUAUAAUUUAUGUUUUUAAAGCAACAUUUAUAUGACACACAUUUAUAGCUAUUGACGGAAGAGCAAAUAACCACUUGUUUUGAUAACUCAGCUUUGCUUUUCACAGGCGUGGGAUCCAGAAUUGUUUUUUCCUCUGUGAGGAUUUUAACUCUAAGGCUUUAAUUCUGCUGUUUAAUUUUCAGGUUCACCAGCAACACAGCCUGAAAUCUGAUUUGUUUUUUUUUCCUUUUCAUUUCUGAGCUGGUUCUCUUUGCUGGGCUCCCUGUCUGGUCUCACUCCUGCUGCUGAGAGUCUGGGCCCCGUCAGCCAGGCCUCCUGCACACCCCUUCCUCCCCUCGGGAUUUCCUGCUAAGCCCACGCCCACCGUCCCCACAAGCAUGCCCUUCUCUCACUUGCGUUGCCGGCUGACCGUUCUCUCCUCCCGCUGCUGCCUCUGGUGACUCCGUCCUGGCCGCUGUGUCCUGUGUUGGCGUUGAGAACUCCACUCAGCUGUCGCGAGUCCCCUGCGCGGCGUCGUCUCACCCUUUGCUUUGACAGGUCUGACUCCCCGUUUGUCCCCCCAGGUCUCCGGCUGGCAGAGUAACGUCUGGGUUCUGUUGUUUGCAGGCGCCGCGCGGAGGCCGGCCCGCCGGGCACUAACCAGCCCUCUGUUCCCCCCUCUCCUUUUGCAGGGCCUCGCUUGCAUGGUCAGUGUUAGGGGUAGCGCGCCUCUUCUUCCGCUGGGAGGCGACGGCCCGUCGGGCUCUGUCGCGCUCUGGCUGGCUGUGAUCCUUCCUAAGCGUAUUGCUAAGUGCUGCGAGCUGGCCUGGGCCGGCGCGGCGCAGCGUCUGCAGCUCUGUUUGUGGGGCGCACACUGGGAUUGAGGAGUCAAGAGCUAAGCGGGUUGCUUCUUCUGGGUGACCUGCCCCGUGUCUCCACCCAGCGCAGCACUGCCACGUUUGCGGGCGGGGAUGUUGCCUUGUUUUGCCCCGGUUUCCACUUUGCACUAAUCAGUGUGGUAGCUUUAUCAGGAAUAUGUGUGAAGCACCGUUGUGACAUAGGUGGAAAAAUGUAUUCUGUGUGUGUCAUCUGUGUGAUUCCAUGCCAAGAAAUGUGUUUUGAACUGUAUUGUAGUUUGAGAGAUGUGUUAAUAAAUACCUUGCACUUUC